CAGCAGCAGCAGCAGCAGCAGCAGCAGCAGCAGAGCAUUUCCACCACCACCUCCUCCUCCCCCGCCCUUCCUUGCUUCCCUCCCUGGGGGUGCCUAGAAGGACCUGGCUGCUGCUCCUCCCUCCUUCCCUCCUGAAGAGGAUGCUGGGCUGGCGGCGUGGGCUGCUGCGGGGCAUGGGCACCUCCUGCUGCUGCUGCUUCUAGGCGCUGCCCCCCUCGAGGCCGGGGAGGCUCCGGAGCCAGGGCGCCACCAUGCAGGGCUGCUGGGUCUCCCCCUCCUCCGCCUCAUCCUCCUCCGCCGGGGCUGCCUCGGGAGAGCCCCGGCCCCGGCCCCGGCCCUUGCUCCUCCUGCCCGCCGCCCAUGAGCAGAGGACUGCCCUGUAAGGCGGGGAGGAGGAGGAAGAGGAGGAAGAAGAGGAAGAGGAGGAAGAAGAGGAAAAGGAAGAGGAGGAAGAGAAGGCCAGGCGUGAUUCCAAAGGUGUGGAGGAAAGAAGGAAGGAAGGAAGGAAGAGGAGGAGGAAGAGGAGGAAGAGGAGGGUGAGGGUGUCCCACCCAACAUGUCUUCUUCCUCCGCUGCUGCUCCUCCGCUGCCUUCCUCCUCCUCGGUGGGGCCCCGGGGAUCUGGCAUCCUCCCUCGGCCUCCUGCCGUGCCUCCCCCGAUGCAGGAGCUGCCCGACCUGAGCCACCUGACCGAAGAGGAGAGGAACAUCAUCAUGGCUGUGAUGGACCGGCAGAAGGAGGAGGAGGAGAAGGAAGAGGCCAUGCUCAAAAGAUUGCACCAACAAUUUGAAAGUUACAAAGAACAAGUGCGAAAAAUAGGUGAGGAAUCCCGCCGUUCACAAGGAGAACACAAGGAUGAUGCCCCAACGUGUGGAAUCUGUCACAAAACUAAGUUUGCUGAUGGUUGUGGCCAUUUAUGCUCCUACUGCCGGACAAAGUUUUGUGCCAGAUGUGGAGGUCGUGUUUCCCUACGAUCAAACAAUGAGGACAAAGUGGUUAUGUGGGUAUGCAACCUAUGUCGAAAGCAACAAGAGAUCCUAACGAAAUCUGGAGCAUGGUUUUUUGGAAGCGGUCCACAACAGCCACCCAUUCAGGAUGGAACACUGAGUGACACUGCCACUGGUGGCGGUUCAGAGUCACCUAGGGAAAAGAAAGCAAGGCUUCAAGAAAGGUCAAGAUCUCAAACACCCUUAAGCACAGCAGCCACCGCUUCCCAGGAAAUCUCCUCUACUGUGCAAACUGACAGAAGAAAAGGCACAGAGGUAUCACAACAAGCUAUGGGCCUGGAACAGAAGCAAACUUCAUCAAGGUCUAGAAGUGAACCUCCACGAGAAAGGAAGAAGACUUCUGCCACUACUGAACAGAAUGGAAAAGGAAGUCUAAAAGGUGAGCGCAAACGUGUGCCAAAAUCUGCCCUUCACCAGGGUGAUGGACAAACAGAUGAGAGGGAAUGUAAAGAAAGACGUGAUGGUAGAAGAUUAGAGAAAGGGAGGUCUCAGGACUAUUCAGACUUUCCACCCAAUUUUGAGGAAGGCAAGGCAAUGGAGGAAGAAAAGCAAAGGAAAGAAGAUGAGUAUCACACACGAUACAGGAGUGAUCCAAAUUUAGCAAGGUAUCCAGUGAAGCCACACCCUGAAGAGCAGCAGAUGCGUAUGCAUGCAAAAGUUUCAAAAGUGCGGCAUGAAAGAAGACACAGCGAUGUUGCCUUGCCCCAUACAGAGGUUGAGGAGCCCGAGGUGCCUGAGAAUAAACUAGGAAAGCACUCACAGUUGCCAGCAACUCAGGACAUAAAAUCUCACCCGGACACUCAGAGGGUAUACUCAACUGAAAGAACAGGUGACGUAAGAAUUUCUGUUUCUAAACAAUUAGCUAAUCAUAGCUCACCAACUCCUAGGCACAGUGUGAUUCUUACAGAACACUUAGAAUCCAAAAACCACGAUUCCUUUAAAACACAGAGUCGCCUUGAUCCUAGCUCUGCUAUUCUCAAUCGGAAAGCAAAGCGGGAGAAAAUGGAGACCAUGCUAAGAAAUGAUUCCCUUAGUUCUGACCAGUCAGAAUCAGUGCGACCAUCUCCUCCAAAGCCUCAUAGAUCGAAGCGGGGUGGAAAAAAAAGGCAAAUGUCAGUCAGCAGCUCUGAGGAAGAAGGCGCAUCAACACCUGAAUAUACCAGUUGUGAUGAUGUGGAACUAGAAAGUGAAAGUGUCAGUGAAAAAGGUGACUUGGAUUAUUACUGGCUGGAUCCUGCUACGUGGCACAGUAGAGAGACAUCUCCUAUUAGCUCACAUCCUGUAACGUGGCAACCUUCUAAAGAGGGAGAUCGCUUGAUUGGACGUGUGAUUCUCAACAAGAGAACAACUAUGCCGAAAGAGUCUGGUGCAUUACUUGGACUCAAAGUUGUAGGAGGAAAAAUGACUGAAUUGGGACGACUUGGUGCCUUCAUUACCAAAGUAAAGAAAGGUAGCUUGGCUGAUGUGGUGGGACAUCUAAGAGCAGGUGAUGAAGUUCUAGAAUGGAAUGGUAAACCACUUCCUGGAGCUACAAAUGAAGAAGUUUACAACAUUAUUUUAGAAUCCAAAUCAGAACCUCAAGUUGAAAUUAUUGUUUCGAGACCAAUUGGUGACAUCCCAAGGAUUCCUGAAACUUCUCAUCCUCCACUAGAAUCUAGUUCUAGCUCAUUUGAAUCUCAAAAAAUGGAACGGCCUUCCAUUUCCGUUAUUUCCCCUACUAGUCCUGGAGCCCUAAAAGAUGCACCGCAGGUUCUACCUGGGCAGCUCUCAGUUAAACUAUGGUAUGACAAAGUGGGACAUCAGUUAAUAGUGAAUGUUCUUCAAGCAACAGAUCUGCCACCUAGAAUAGAUGGACGACCAAGAAAUCCUUAUGUGAAAAUGUAUUUUCUUCCAGACAGAAGUGAUAAGAGCAAAAGGAGGACCAAAACGGUAAAGAAAAGUUUAGAACCAAAAUGGAACCAAACAUUUCUCUAUUCACAUGUACAUCGUAGAGAUUUUAGAGAACGGAUGUUAGAAAUCACGGUCUGGGAUCAGCCACGAGUGCAAGAAGAAGAAAGUGACUUUCUUGGAGAGAUCCUUAUAGAGCUGGAGACGGCACUUUUAGAUGAUGAACCACAUUGGUAUAAACUGCAGACACAUGAUGAAUCUUCACUACCUCUGCCUCAGCCAUCACCUUUCAUGCCAAGGAGACAUGCUCAUGGUGGAGAAAACGCUAGCAAAAAAUUACAAAGAUCUCAGCGAAUCAGUGAUAGUGACAUCUCAGAUUAUGAUGUUGAUGAUGGUAUUGGAGUAGUUCCUUCAGGCUAUAGGUCUAGCACUAGAGAAAGUAAAUCUACAACGUUAACUGUGCCAGAACAGCAAAGAACAACCCAUCAUCGUUCACGAUCUGUAUCUCCUCAUCGUGGUGACGAACAGGGCAGGACCCGUUCUCGUUUACCAAAUGUGCCAUUACAGAGGAGUUUAGAUGAAAUCCAUCAAAUGAGAAGAUCACGUUCUCCAACCAGACACCAUGAUGCCUCCCGAAGCCCAAUUGAUCGCAGAUCCAGAGAUAUGGAUAGUCAGUAUUUGUCAGAUCAAGAAAGUGAGCUUCUUAUGCUGCCCAGGGCAAAACGAGGACGAAGUGCAGAGUGCCUACAUACCACCAGUGAACUGCAGCCCUCGCUUGACAGGGCUAGGAGUGCUAGUACCAACUGCUUGAGGCCUGAUACUAGUUUGCAUUCACCAGAACAAGAAAGAGAUAGAUGGUCUCCCUCACUAGAUAGGAGACGACCCACUAGUCCCCGGAUUCAUAUUCAACAUGCAUCUCCGGAGGAUGACAGAGCAACAACACCGCUGGAGUCAUGCAUUCCAAAACAAGAUACUUUAAACUUCCUAAGUGCUAAUCCAGAAGAAACACAGAGGCAUUCCAGAAAAGUGGAAAGAUAUAGCAGCCAAAAACAGUCUAGGAAAGGCUCUGCAUCAGAAACAGAAAGGGUUCUACUGCCUUGUGUUUCUAGAAGGGGACUUCCAACCCCAAGAAUCAGUGAUCAGCCAGUCAUUACUAGGGGGAAACAUCACACUCGCUCAAGGUCGAGUGAGCAUUCUAGUAUCAGACCAUUAUGUUCUGUACAUCACCUAACUCCUGGAGGGUCGGCACCACCUUCUCCACUUCUGACAAGAAUGCACCAACCAGGAAGUCCCAUGCAGUCGUCUCCAGCAGACACACCUUUCAGCAGCCGUAGGGGAAGACAGCUUCCACAAGUUCCUGUCAGGAGUGGCAGUAUAGAGCAAGAGCAAGAGAGUUAUAGCUCAUCUUCAAAAGCUAAUUUAGUAGUGGAGGAGCGAACAAGACAGAUGAAAAUGAAAAUGCACCGUUAUAACCAGACAACAGGGUCUGGUUCUAGUCAAGAACUUGAACAUGAGCAAUAUACCAAGUAUAAUAUACAAGCAGAUCAGUACAGAAGUUGUGAUAACGUCUCUGCCAAAUCAUCAGAUAGUGAUGUCAGUGAUGUGUCAGCUAUUUCCCGUACCAGCAGUGCCUCUCGCCUCAGCAGCACAAGCUUUAUGUCAGAGCAAUCAGAGCGCCCUAGGGGCAGAAUCAGGUCAAAGUCCUUAGAGAUCUGCAAAACUGAUGGGAAAAAAGAAAGAAGGAUAUCAUGGGAAUUAGAUGACAAGACGGGGCACAGUGGAAAAAAAAUGAAUUUGCAAGACAAGAAAAGGAGAAGGCAUACUGUUGCUGAUGUGAGUACGUUUACUCCUAAAAUGCAAGGCAGACGGAUGGGGACUUCAGGGAGAAUCAUCACAAAGAGCACAAGUGUGAGUGGAGAGGUGUAUAAACUGGAACAUAAUGAUGGUAGCCAAUCAGACACAGCGGUUGGUACAGUUGGAACAGGUGGGAAGAAAAGACGAUCGAGUCUUAGCGCCAAAGUGGUAGCCAUGGUCUCUCGAAGAAGCAGAAGCACAUCCCAGCUUAGCCAAACAGAGACGGGCAACAAGAAGCUAAAAAGCACGAUACAGAGAAGCACAGAAACAGGAAUGGCUGCAGAAAUGAGAAGUCGGAUGGUCCGACAACCAAGUCGGGAAUCAACUGAUGGAAGUAUCAACAGUUACAGCUCAGAGGGAAACCUAAUAUUUCCUGGAGUCAGACUGGGUGCUGACAGUCAGUUCAGUGAUUUCCUUGACGGAUUGGGCCCUGCCCAGCUAGUAGGCCGACAGACUUUGGCGACCCCUGCCAUGGGUGAUAUACAGAUUGGAAUGGUGGAUAAAAAAGGCCAGUUAGAAGUAGAAGUCAUCAGAGCCCGAGGCCUGACACAAAAGCCUGGUUCUAAAUCUACCCCAGCUCCAUAUGUGAAAGUAUAUCUGUUGGAAAAUGGGGCUUGUAUGGCCAAGAAGAAGACAAGAAUUGCCAGGAAAACUCUUGACCCUUUAUAUCAACAGACAUUGGUUUUUGAUGAAAGUCCUCAUGGUAAAGUCCUUCAGGUGAUAGUCUGGGGAGAUUAUGGUCGAAUGGAUCACAAAUGUUUCAUGGGAGUUGCACAGAUCUUGCUGGAAGAACUCGAUUUGUCCAGUGUGGUCAUCGGCUGGUAUAAAUUAUUUCCACCCUCCUCCCUGGUGGAUCCAACUUUGACUCCUCUGACUCGCAGGGCUUCCCAGUCAUCUCUGGAAAGUUCAACUGGGCCUCCUUGCAUUCGAUCUUAGUGAACACAAUAGAAGGAGCUCCUUAAUAAAAUCAUCAUCACACAGAAUAACUAAUGGGGGGAAAGCUACUGACAACAAUGAGGAGCAUUUUUGAAAAAAGACAAUCAUCACUUCAAUUUUGCCUGUAGUUGUUUAUCCAAAAAUAUGCCUCUGUGUUAAAAGGGUGGCUAAAAUUGACCGAACAAAACAGUAUAUGAAGAUAUAGUCAGUCCAUCUACCCUAAUUUCCCUGAUUCGUCUGAUAAUCAUCCUGAAGAGGGACCUUUCAAAAUUAAACUGGAACCACGCAUUCUUUCAACAGUUCACCCACUCCCCCCCCCCUUUCUUCACAGAGAUCACAAACAGUGUUAACUUCCUGGUGUCUGUACAUGUUAACUUGCUUUUGCUGUGUUAUUCUGCCUGUUUUGUAAAAAUUGUCAUGAUGCUAACAGAGACCCUUCCUUUCUUUUUCUAAAACAAACCAAAAAGGGCUGAAGUACAUCUCUGUAAGCAUCUCCAGAAGUGUUCACUUGCCAGAAUUAUUAUACAAUGUGAAUAAUAGCCACAUUGCCCCUCCAUUCUAGUUGUUCCUAGUCUUAACACAGGUGGAAAGCCAGAAUAAAUGACCAAUUGAAACUUUAGUUUACCUGUCAUAUUUUUUCAUUGUAAAAAAAUGAAUAUGUUUGCAUUACACAUCAUUGUUUUUUAUGUUUGAAUUUUGAUUUUGCAUGAAGAAAAUCCACAACUGCAACUACUGCUGAAGACCUGAUUUAAAAAAGCAGCUUUUUUCUUUCGACAUUGACAAUUACAUUUGUAAAACAUACCAGGCCCAUGACAAAAGUCUUAAUGUUCAUGUGUGCAAAUGUACAAUUGACUUUAAAAUGUGGACCAGAAAUGGAAUUAAGCAUCCAACAUUUUCAGUUGUACUGAGACUUUCCUGAUGAUCCAUGUGUCGCUUUUGACACGCUUGUCUGCCCUGGUUAGAGCAUGGUAUGAGUUGUUCAGUGUUUCACUGGAAAUUCCAAUUGAAAUAUUCUGCACUUACUAAUGUUUUGUUUUUUUAAAAAAAUAUAUAUCAAAUUUCAGUUUACAUUUAUUUGAGAUUGAUGCAAGCACAAAGCUUGAUUUUUAACAAAAGUAAUUUUACUUUUAAGGGUGGGGGUAGACACAGUAACAAAAAAAACCUUGCAUUUUGUUCAUCUUGGUUCUUUCUUGGUCUUGAAAUCCCUUGUGUUUUUCUGUAAAUGUGCUAAAAAAACUGCAGAAUGUGCAGGUGCAUUGAAAAGUUCUCCUUCCUUUUAUGGUGAUCUCACAAAAUAGAGCAGCAUGACUUGGAACUGUUCAAAGCUGCAUGCACGUUUUUGUAAUAAAAAAGAAAAAAGGAAAAGGAAAAAAGAGGGGAAAAAACAAAAGAGAUUAUUUAAUAAUGUAUGUUAGUUCUACAUAGGCCAGGUUGUAUGUUGCAUGUACUUGUACAGUUUGCUCGUAAUUACUCUAAUGAAGUAACCAAGAAAUCUAAGCCAUCCAUUUUUUCUUAUAGACAUUUUGCAGGUUUUAGCCAGGCUGUCAGUUAGUCUGGUGCUAAAUGUCUAUAGAUGGACUUUAUUUUUUACCCUAUGGAAAACGUGAUGUAGUACGGACCAAAUUCCUUCUACUAAAUAUUUUGGUGUAGAUUCCUACUGUGGGGCUGUAACACAUGUAGAAACUGUGGACACAAUUAAGUUUUCCUUCAUAGACAUAACUGCCUGCACCAAGUGAACUAUUUAUUAUUGUUAAUAUUAUUUAAUAUUGCCAGAACUAUUCUGCCCAUGUUUCCAUGGGGCACAGAUUGAUUACUGCUCGACCUGCUGAGCAGGAAGAACUGAAGCAUUGGUGCACUACUAGAUUCUCUUCUGUCUUGUAGUGGCCAAAUAAAUAAACUAAUGAUAAUUCGGUAGUACCUUUCUAUUUUGACCACUUGUCUUAACAUUUCCCUGUGCUUUUAAAUGAAACUUCCAACUCAUGUUAUGUAGACAUGUUUAAUAAAAUUUCCUUUUCAUGUUCA